AUGGAAGCUCUAAUCUAUAAUGACUCGCCGAUUGCAGAAUAUCUAGAAGGAGACGCAAUCCCCUUCGAAGCCACCGAGCCAUCCUCCCCUGUCUCAUGCGCCCAACGAACCUAUGCCCCUCGCGGCUUGCCAAAGCUGCGCGAGCAGUUACGAACGAUUCGCCAAACCGCUGCCUACGUGACCGAUGUUGCAAACGAACAGUUCCUCGAGCGGUUUCGCUACGUGAUCGUCGCCUCGCAACUCCUCGCGGACGAACCGAAGCCGAGACGACAACCUCUUCAAAAUGAACAACCCUUCGCACCACAUUCUCUCUCGCUCAGAGGGUCGACGUUAGGGAAUCUGGUGACGGAUUCGCAUAACUAUGAUAGCAGCGCAGUUGAGGCGCUUCGUUUUAUCCAGGAGGUCGAGAUUGUCUCCCGUGGGUAUGAGAUAAGCCAACCACUACCGCCAAUCAGUCGACUGGAAGACAAGAACUCAUUGAGUCGUUGUCGUGAUCUACGAGCCACCCUUGGAGUUACCCUGACGGCCAACAUCAUACGAUGUGUUGAAGCUCAUAAUGCUAUUCAACCAUUUGUGAGGGACCUCGACCUGAAAAGAUAUCAUGACGUGUACGAGGUCUCGAUGCAGGAUUAUAGCGACGCCGUGGCGCUUGCCAACAACUCUCCUCUCGACACCCGGGACUCUCUGAAAGAACUUCGCUUCCUCUUCCGACUUCAUCUCAUCGCGAGAAAAGUUUUCCUUUGUGAUCUUUUGGCCCUUCACUCUGGCUCAACCUGGUACAACGUCCGUCAGUGGCGACUGAUAUGCCAUGUGCUGCAAGGGUUAGAGGAUGUACUUUCCAAAGCAGGUCAACAACUCCACACUGCUAUAGUGCAUGAAGAGUAUGGCGAAGACGGCCAGGACACGGUGUCGGAAGACGCCGAAACAGCAGCUGAACGGACCAUAGACGCCACUACGCCCCAAAAACGACACACCAAGGCUCAAUUACGCCGAUUUGAAGCGGUGGCCAACGCUAUACGGUCCCUGAACGCCAAAGUCCACCUACUUAGGGAAGAGAUAAACUCUCUCAAGUCGAAAGAUGACUCCGCCCUCAGCAUGGCCAUCACUGGGCAUUACGAUCAGCUAGGGGCUGAGAUUCGAAACGCCCUAGUCGAGUGGGAAAAGGGGCGAAACACCAUGUUCCUCAACGUUGGGACCGAACGUGACAAUCGUUUCUCCAUAUCGUCCAGCGGCAUGCGAUCGCCAGCGUCGCCCUCUCCGAGCAGUCUGGGUGGAGUGACGGUGGUGGAUGGAGGACCUGCAGAAGCACUAAAGCUGCUGAGUGGCGACGAACGGAGCUCAUCUGAUGGGGGUGUAGGAUUGGAUGAAGAGGUGUUCGAAGCGGUGGCCUUGCCACGCAAGAGGAUGUCUUGGGCGCCAAUGAGCCGUGAAGAGAAGCUCAACAAACUUCAAGAGGACCGGAGGAAGCGGGCCACCUUUCAGGAGCACGCCGAAAAUACGACCAACAUGCUGCGGGAACUGCAGAUGGUAAUCAAACAUCGCCCUCCGGCCAGAUCUGAUACGCGCAUCACUUCGAUAUAA